AUGCGCAAGCAAAUCACAGUAAAAUCUUGUAGCCAGAGCAACGAGCCUAAAGUAGAUGCCAGCUGGAUUGGUUGGUUCGUUGGGUUGAUGGGCAACGAGUUCGUCUGCCGCGUGCCUAUCAACUUCAUAAAGGACAAGUUCAACCUGUCGGGACUGGAGUACUCCAAGGAGACACUGGACGUGGUCCUGGAACCGUUGUUCGACAGGUCCGUGGGUAGGGUCUUCGGCCACGAGGAGAAGCUGUACGGCAUGAUCCACGCCAGGUACAUUAUGUCGGCGCGUGGCGUGGAAGAUAUGCGCCUGAAGUAUCUGAUGGGGGACUUCGGAUCGUGUCCGAAGUUCUACUGUAAGGGGCAGAAAGCCCUGCCAGUGGGCCUCAGCGACAAGUGGGGCCAGUCCACAGUAAAGAUAUACUGCCCAAGCUGUAAAGACGUCUUCCGGCCGAAAUACCGUCCAAAGCUGGACGGAGCCAUGUUCGGGACCAGCUUCCCGCACCUGUUCUUCAUGGAGCUGCCGAUGUUGAGACCCGAGCCGCCCGUGGAGAAGUACGUCCCCCGUCUCCAUGGAUUCCGGUUGCACGAGUCGGCCUUUAUGCCGCUCGAUUCGCGCGAUUCCUCGCGCGAGUCCUCGCCCGAGAGUAUCGAAUCCUCGUCCCCCUCCUCCUUCCCGGAUUGACCUGGAUGUUUAACUCCACACGAUAUCUUGUUGUUGCAAUUAAACACAUUCCCCAGUGCGUUGAUAUGGCCAGCUACCACCUACUUAUACCCCUCAUACACGUAAUCAUCUGGGAGCUCGAAGUGAAGCAGGCAUUGCGAGAAAAUGGGAGUCCUGUUGCACGGUCCACAUAUAAUUAGAACCCCCAUACUUCCGCUACUAGUUUUCAAGAUGUAUCCUUCAGAAUUGGCAUCAAGUGCACAAGGAUUAGGGAUAAACACUCCAAACGUUGAGUUAUAUUAUUUUGAGUAUAAGAAAAAUAUAUAUUCUUUAUAUGGUCGGAAACGAUUCCUUCUGCAAAUCAAGUAUACCCUUCUACUCUACGAGUUACGGGUAUAAAAACAACAAUGAAACAAUAAUUUAAUGAACAAUAAAGUUGAGACAAAAAAAUGCUACAUUCUAUAGAUAAA